AUGCCUUUCGAAAUACGUCGCGACUGUUGUCUCGAAAAUAGAGAUCCUGAGGCAUUCUAUCGCCUUAACUGGGCUAAUAUAGAAGCCUACUUCUGUGGACAGGCGGAACGAUUGGUACUAGUGGGCGCAGACGCUGCAAAGUAUCAGCACCGGCCCUCGGUCGUUUGUAUUGAGUAUGAAGCGGACCGAGAGUUUGAACGACUGUUAGAAAGCUUUGAACGGAAUGUUAUAAAAGAAGUUGAACGUCGGAAGGCCUACCGUUCUCUCGAUAUAACCUUGAGGCCAGUAGAAUUUACCAAUAGCUGCACCUCGAACCUACUGCUGCUGCCGACUGGAAGGGGGCACGGAACCCUCAUGCCGAAGGAGCGGCGUUACGGGCAUAUAUUAAGCACCGAAGAACGCAAUGAGCUUCAUGAUGCAUUAAAGAAAAAUGCUUCCAAAGAAGUGCACACAGACAGCACCCCUGCAGAACUAGGGAUGGGCUCUAUCGAUGUCCACAAGACUUCCCGAAAUAGUUACCUAGGAUCUAUAGCACCAGUGAGCGAGGGCCCAGCGCCGCAAGUGAAGCCGUCUUCCAAAACACCAUUCUGGAGCAAGCUCAAAGUGAUAAAACGAGAAAAAGGAAAGCGUACUCUGGGCUUUUCUCGUGGGGGUGGAAUCCUCUCAAGACUAGGUGCAAUCAAGUCUGCUUUCAGAAGCUUUGGAGUAAUACGAAGACAACGAAUCUAA